CGGGCACUGGGUCACCAGGUCAUUUGGCUCGCCAGUGGGCACCGCGUCAUCUGGCAAGGCAGUGGGCACCGAGUCACCAGGCACGACAGUGGGCUCCGAGUCAACUGGCAUGACCGCGGGCACUGGGUCAGACAUUGGAUCGUCUGGCCUGACAGCGGGCAUCGGGUCACCAGGCAUGACAGCGGGCACUGGGUCAUCAGGCAUGGGAUUGUCUGGCUCAACAGCGGGCAUCGGGUCACCAGGUAUGACAGCGGGCACUGGGUCACCAGGCAUCAGGUCAUUUGGCUCGCCAGCGGGCACCGCGUCAUCUGGCAAGGCAGUGGGCACCGAGUCACCAGGCACGACAGUGGGCUCCGAGUCAACUGGCAUGACCGUGGGCACUGGGUCAGACAUUGUAUCGUCUGGCCCGACAGCGGGCAUUGGGUCACCAGGCAUGACAGCGGGCACUGGGUCAUCAGGCAUUGGAUCGUCUGGCUCGACAGCGGGCAUCGGGUCACCAGGCAUGACAGCGGGUACUGGGUCAUCAGGUACCGGAUCGUCUGGAUCGACAGCGGGCAUCGAGUCAACUGGCCUAAUGGAAUCAUCAGGCUGGAUCAGCUGAAUGGAGGCAUCAGGCUGGGUAGAGGCAUCAGGCUGGGUGGAGGCAUCAGGCUGGGUGGAGGCAUCAGGCUGAAUGGAGGCAUCAGGCUGGGUAGAGGC